UUUACAUGGGAUUGGUAUUAGUAUACAAGAUUUAGGAUUGUUGGGCUUUCUUCUGUGCCUGUAACACCUUUUGCAUCUCUUCUCGCUUCCUCUUGGCUCUCCUGUGCGUACCCAGCCUUUUCUUGGCAAAUUUGAGAGCUCGCUUGUCCCUCUGGACCUUGAGCAGUUCAAUGAUUCUCUUCUCGUAGGGAGCCAGUCCCACCACCUCUCUCACCACGUCCCUCACGAACUUUACCCGCUUACACAGAAACCCUCGGCGUCUAGAAGGCCGUGGUUUCUGCUGUAGUUUAGUGACUUUGUGGCCCUUUUUGAAGCCUACUGCCAUCUCGUACGCCGGGGCCAUCUUACCAAACUAUCCUGAUGUCUCUCGCGCGACCGACGUUCUAUUCGGAGAGAUCUGCGCAUGCGCGAUCCGCAGUGGACCACGUGGUAAUCUGGUGGGGACUGAUUGGAAUACCAGCUGCCGAACUUGAAAGACGUUGCGGAAUGGCGUUCCCAGGACCCAUGUUGUCUUGAACCAGAGAACCAGGAGGGAAAGUGGAAAGAAAGACUCAAAUUGGGAACAUCCGGGCAGCAAAGGUGAUCGAUCCCCAGCACACUGUAUUUACCUCUACAUCACCUACUGCUCUCUCUUGUUCUCUCCACAGGCCGUUUCUGACGUCAUUAGGACAUGUCUCGGUCCCAGAGCCAUGCUAAAGAUGUUGAUGGAUCCAAUGGGAGGUAUAGUCAUGACCAAUGAUGGGAACGCCAUCUUGAGAGAGGUUAGGAGAAAGAUGACGAUUCUUUGAACUCUUACCACUUUUUCUUGAAAUGUGUCAAAUUAUAGAACUGGUCACCAAUUCUCAGAUUUUUUUUGUAUACUGCGAAAUUUUUACGUGGAUGGUGGUAAAAUGUCUUCCUUGCAGAUCCUUGUUCAGCACCCGGCGGCCAAGUCAAUGAUAGAGAUCAGCAGAACGCAGGACGAGGAGGUUGGGAGAUGGGACCACGUCAGUCAUCAUACUCGCUGGUGAGAUUUUAGCUGCCGCUGAACCGUUUCUGGAACAGCAGAUGCACCCGACAGUCAUCAUCAGAGCGUUUCGUCAAGCUCUCGACGAUAUUCUCACCAUCUGCAAGGAGGAGAUUGGCCGCGAAGUGGACAUGAGCAAUAAAGAUGAGAUGAAGAAGAUUGUGAAGAGCAGCAUUGGAACAAAGUUUAUCAAGAAAUGGUCUGAUCUGGCGUGCGAAAUGGCUCUCAGCGCCGUUGAAACAGUUGCCUUGGAGUCCGGGGACAGGAAAGAGAUCGACAUCAAGCGUUACGCCAAAGUUGAAAAGAUCCCAGGUGGCAGCCUGGAGGAAUCAGAGGUCCUGAAAGGUGUGAUGGUUAACAAGGACGUGACACACGCCAAAAUGAGGAGACGAAUAGAGAACCCUCGAAUUAUCCUCCUUGAUUGCCCCCUGGAGUACAAGAAGGGGGAGAGCAUGACGAACCUGGAGAUAUCGGGGGAGGCAGAUUUCACGAAGCUGCUGCAGCUGGAAGAAGAGUACGUGGAAAAGAUGUGUCUAGAGAUCAUCGCUCUAAAACCUGACCUCGUUAUCACUGAGAAAGGCCUCUCAGAUCUUGCACAGCACUACCUGGUGAAGGCCAAUAUAUCCGCAAUCAGGAGAGUGAAGAAGUCAGACAACAACAGAAUUGCCAGGGCCUGUGGAGCCACCAUAUGCAACAGAACGGAUGAGUUGAAGGAAAGCGACGUGGGCACCGAGUGUGGCCUGUUUGAGAUCAGGAAACACGGAGAUGAGUACUUCAUGUACCUGGUGGAGUGUAAGGAGCCCAAGGCUUGCACCAUUGUACUGCGUGGAGCCAGCAAGGACAUCCUGAAGGAGAUCGAACGUAAUCUCCAAGAUGCGAUGCAAGUGGCUCGAAACAUAAUGGUGGAUCCGAGACUCCUCCCAGGGGGCGGGGCUACGGAGAUGGCUCUGGCACACGCCCUCACGGAGCGCUCGAAGAGUGUAGUGGGCGUCGGCCAGUGGGCGUACCGUGCCAUUGCCAAGGCACUGGAGGUGAUACCGAGAACUCUGCUGCAGAAUUGUGGGGCCAACACGAUUAGAGUUCUGACUGCCCUCCGGGCGAAGCAUGCGGUGGCAGGUAACAUGACGUGGGGUGUGGAUGGAGACACCGGGCGUCUGGUGGACAUGAAGGAGCUGGGAGUGUGGGAUCCGCUCUCUGUGAAGGUUCAGACAUACAAGACUGCUAUUGAGACGGCUGUUUUGUUGCUGCGAAUCGACGACAUCGUCUCGGGCAGCAAGAAGGGCUCUGAAGAGGGAGGAGGAGGUAGAGGAGGGGGGCCAACGAUGGGAUAGAUCAUGUGACUACAUUGUAUAGAGUCAUGUGACUACCUUGUAUGAGUCAUGUGACUUUACAUUACAUCAUCAAGAGUCACAUGACUUGAUGUGACUUUAUAAUUGAAGCCGUAUUAUAUACAAAUUCUGUUGAUAGGAGUGUAUAUAUGUAAGUUUGAAAAAUUGAAACAAUAUCCACACAAAUGGGAAUAAUUAUAAAAGUAACACACAAACCAACGAUGCAACAUAAAAAAAUAUUAUGCUGAAAAUUGCUAUCAAACUGAGACAGCUAUCUCUGUCUCAGUUCAUGCCACUCUGCGAUGUGCUUCCCAGGCUGAGCCAGUACAUCGUUCCAAUGUCUAAACUCUUCUCCUGCACCUUGCGACGAGAGAGAUAUGCUCCCCAGCUCUCUCUUGGUGGCCGAGCGAUGCUCGUUGGACACGCAGACUGUGAUGACCGCCUUCUGAACGGACGAGGGGUCAAGGGUGCACGUGAGGGCCUCGUUGAAGAUGGGUGAACAGCUCUCGGAUUUCCGCUUCGUUCUGAGUCUACCGAUGACUUUGUCGCCAAUGGUUACCUGUAUCUUAGCCUGAGGAUCUGUUUCUUUGCUGUUUUCACGGUUGAGGUCCUUGGCUCGCAAGAGAAUAACACUCAGCUUUUUAGUGCCUGUAGUGUAGCAGAGGGACAGGAGAACCGUUCCGUGACUCAGUGUGGUCCGUGGUGUAUGCAGCUGGAGUACAACGGGCUCCCUGUCUUCUCCAAGCAACACCUGCCCUAACGAUAUCUCCCCCUGUCCAAUGAUGUUAUGACGACCAUACGCCCGGUAGUCGAGGACCUGCACGUGCAGCGUGGAAUUCACAACUUCUUCCUCACUCAUGGCCUCGUAUUGAAUCUCCUCGUGGAAAACCGGGUCGAGUUCACGUUUAGCGGUUCGUGUUUUAGAGGUCUUUCUCUGAGCCAUUUCUGGGACUCGCGGCACAAAGAACAGUCGGACGUAGGCAUCGACUUCUGCUCCAUCGUCUCGAGGUGGCAAACCUACAACUCUCUCCACGUUCACUACUAGUGUAGUCUUCUCUCGAAGGUACGUGAGCGCGAGAAAGAUCUCCGGCAGCUUGUCCGCGGAACCCGGGUUACGUCCCACUUGCUUCUUGGCGGCCGAGAUCAUAAAGGCGUCGGCCAUGGCAUGCUUCUCUCCGAACUGGCUCAGACUCACCAGCGAGCCCUUCCUGGGUCCAUUGUGGACUCUUUCUCCGUCUCGUGGAGGCGAGACGUCCGGGGGCGAAGCGCUUUGCGUCCCAGAAUCGGCGCUCUUGUCCAGUUCCCCGGCCCACUGUUUCCCGUUCUUGCUGCGACCGUUUCCGUGUUUCUUUUUCUUCUCCCCGUCUCGUAUCGUUCUGUUCUGCUGCCGCUUGUGCUUCAGGAAGGGGUAGCGCUGGGAGGCCGCAGGAUCGGGGAGUUGGGGAGCGACUGUGAAGGACAUAUCAGGAACCGGGGCACCGUCAAUCUUUAUGGUCGGAGGUUUUAUGCUUGGGUAGGGAAGAGUGGAGAGGUUGGUGAGCGUCUUUUUCUUUUGGGGCACCUUGGAGUACCGCUGCUUGUUCUUGGCGCGGAGGAUAAAGUAGACGAGGAGCAGCAGCAGCGCCACAAUGGCCAGGAAGAUGGCAAUGAUGAGAGGGAGACCCACGUAUAUUGCCAUCUCGGAGCCCGACGGCUUGUCCCCUCCGCUGUCCGUCUGGCUGUGAGUGAUCCCCGGCGUAGCUCUCGGAGACGUAGCCAUAUUUUACACCAACAGCUA